CCCAAAGCGGCGGCAGACCUCGUGGUAGUCGAUUCCACGACAACAGCCAUAUUGGAAAUAUUGAAUGUCUCUGUUACACAAGGGCUCAAAAGUAGCCGUGAAAUUUUCUCAAAAUCCUCGUAGUAGAGAGGAUAUCAUCAGCCAUGGAGAACUCAUACAGUAUCACUGUAACUAAUAAAUUUUCCCUGGCACUUGACGAGGACGAGGAUCCACUGGAAUUGCUUAAAGAGAAGGAACAGGAGAAGGAGGCUAAGAAGAAGGAAAAGUUGUCCGAGAAGGAGAAUAAGAGCAAGCAACCGGAGCCAACAAAGACAACCGGUGUUAAACCACCUAAGCCACGUGUUAUCAAGGAUAAUCAGGAACAUCCUAAGGCACAGAAGCCACAGGAGAAUAAGAAGGAACAGGUGGAGAAAAAAUCCUCGCAGCAGCGAUCCAGUGGCAAUGAUCGCAACGUCAAGUUCUCCGGUGAAUCGCGGGAAGAAUACAACAACAGGCGCAAUCGUGAAGAUGGCGAUCGACCUCCCCGUGGUCACGGUGGUGAUGUGAGAAGAGGACCUCCUUCUGGUGAGGGAAGAGACAAUCGAGAAUUCCGUAACCGUGAGUCUGGAGAUGGACCACGAGGUGAAUUUGGCGAUCGUCGCGGUCCCCGCAGCGGUGGCCCACGUGGAGCUGGAAGUGGUGGACCACGUGGUGGCAGCCGAGGUGGACCACGAGGUGCACGAUCUGGUUUCGAUAACCGGGGAAAACGUGAAUUCGAUCGUCAAUCAGGCUCUGACAAAACGCAAACGAGGCAUAAUUACAGCGGGGUGAAACCAGUUGACAAGAAGGAUGGCGCUGGCAGCCACAACUGGGGAACCCAUAAUGAUGAAAUUGAAGAAAGCCUCAACAAUGAUCACCAGGACUGGAACACUGAAAAAUCUGACGCUGAUACCCCGAACACCUCAUCCGAAGCGAAAGAGGGUGAGGCUCCACCAGCUGAUGCCUCGACCGAGGAGAAGCCAGCCGAGGAAGAGGCCAAGGAAUUGACAUUUGACGAAUGGAAAGCUCUUCGUGGUGCUCGUGCCAAGCCAACCUACAAUCUUCGCAAGGCUGGUGAGGGUGAGGACUUGACUCGUUGGAAGAAGAUGUACGCUCUCGAGAAGAAGAAGGAGGGCGCCGAGGAGGAUGAUGAGGAGGAGGAGGAUUACGAUGCCGCUGUGGAGUAUCCGCAGCGUGUUGGCAGACAGAAACGUGUUUACGAUAUUGAGAUACAGUUUACUGACUCACGACGUGGAGGUAGUGGACGUGGAGGACGUGGAGGACGUGGACAACGUGGAGAUCGCCAGAAUGGACGUGGAUUUGGUGGCAAUCGUGGUGGCCCUCCCAGGGAGGGUGGCCCAGCCGCUGAGCCUCGUGCUCCUGUUGAGCCUGCAGCAGCUGCUAUCAAGGUUGCUGGACCGGUGGUAGAGCAGAGAUCUCCACGUGGACGUCAGAAUGCCCCAAAGGUUGACGACGAGCACGAUUUUCCCUCCUUGGGUUAAGAUCUCAUCUUCACCUACCGCAAGUUUCUUCAGUACCCAUUGAAGAGAGGGAAAAGAAUUAAUUAACGAAAAAAAAACCUGAAAACAAAAUGAGUCCCCACCAUAUUUUACCAUGAGCCAUCGUAACAACACAAUCAUCGACAGUUUGACAAAAAGUAAAAUAACAAAAAAAAACAUCGUAAUUACUAUCUUUACUCUUACUCCUUGCUACUUUAAACCUACAGUUGCCAACAAGUCGCGUAUGAUACAACCAUUCAUUGAUGCAUAAUACACGACAUAACACUUAAUGCAUACACUUUUAACUGUAUACGUACUUGACAUUUAAAAAGAAAACGUGAGCGUACGAAAAAUUGAAACUAUUGCGCCGAGGCAGCAUAUUAUAAAAUACCAGACAAACGAGGGACACGAUAAGUAGAGUGAGACUUUAAUGACAACGGGAAAACCAAGUAAACACAUUUACUAUAAAAACAAAAAAAAUUGUACUGGUAUAACGUUAUUUGUUUCUAGAUCCAUCACAACUAGUUGUCAGCAAUAACGAAAAAGAAAGACAAAUGAAAAAAAAAUGUGAAUGAACGGGGAUCGUGCGAACGUGAGAUAAAACCCAGUGUGUAUGUGAAAAAAACGAUGAAUGCAAUUAUUCUUUUUGUUUCUUUUAAAGAGAACUGUUUUUUCGUGUUUCAACUUUGGUAUGAGAAUAAUACUAAUGGUCAUGCACACAAGAGAUUUUUUUUCUCAAUGAAAAAAAUGAAAAAUGUGUCUCACAAUUUUUUGAAAUAGUGUUUGGAGAAAAAGCAAAAAAAAGGCAUUAAUUGUAGAGUGUUGUGAUUGAUUGGUGCUUUUUCAGAAUGAUUCCAAUCUCAACGGCACAAUUGAAAGCAAAUAACGGAGUAGAGAGAUAAUUUUUACAAUAAAAUUAAACAGAUGAGGAAGAUUAAAUAAUGAAUCUUUUUUUUUUUACUUUUUUUUGCCAAUUUUUAAUCUGUUGAUGUCAAUACAAGGGCCUAUUAUUGAGAAGCUAAUGAUUGGAUGGGAAUUACGAUCGAGUACGCUUGUAAAAUACAUCUGUAGAUGAUGAUGAAUUUUGAACACCUCGUUUAAUUCUCUUUUUUUUUUAUAUUGUGUAAAAAAAUUGUAAACCCAGUGGUGUUUGGAAGCCUUCCUCUGCGCUGUUAAAAAAAAAGUGACAAAAAUAAUUAUCGGUAGGACGAUAAAUACCUGCCGUGCGUAAAAACUUAAGGGACUUUAUUAAAUAAAAAAAGAAAAUGUAUUUCUAUAUAAGAAACAAAAAUUGGAUAUUUCGAUUUAUGAAUUAUCUGGAUAGACUAAGUUUGGCUUAUAUAGAAAUAUAUAGCAAUGAUUUUUUCUUUUGAAGAA